AUGGCUCGAACAUACAACAUUGCCAUGGUCAGCGACUUCUUCUUUCCGCAGCCAGGAGGAGUCGAAAGUCACAUCUACCAGCUGUCGACCAAGCUGAUCGAUCGCGGACACAAAGUCAUCAUCAUAACCCACUCAUACGAGGGCCGCAGCGGCGUGCGCAACUUGACCAAUGGAAUUAGAGUCUAUCAUGUCCCUUUCUUCGUCGUCUUCCGAUCCGCGACCUUCCCGACCGUCUUCUCGGCCUUCCCUAUCCUGCGCAACAUCCUCAUCCGAGAGCAGAUCGAGAUUGUCCACGGCCAUGCGAGCUUGAGUACUUUGUGUCAUGAGGCCAUUCUCCAUGGUAGGACCAUGGGUCUGCGUACCGUCUUCACAGAUCACUCGCUGUUUGGCUUUGCGGAUGCUACCAGCAUCCUGACGAACAAAAUCCUCAAGUUCUCCCUCAGCGACGUGGACCACGUCGUCUGCGUCAGCCACACCUGCAAGGAAAACACUGUUCUGCGAGCAUCACUUGACCCUCUGAUGGUCUCAGUCAUCCCGAAUGCCGUCGUCGCCGAGAACUUUCGCCCCCUCGACUACCCAUCCACCGAGACCGGACAGUCCUUCGGGCAAAACCCACCCCCAGCUCAUCAUCUGGGCCCGAAUGAUAUGAUCACUAUUGUAGUCAUAUCUCGUCUAUUCUACAAUAAGGGAACAGAUCUUUUGACUGCCGCCAUCCCCAGUAUUCUUCAAAACCACCCCAACACGAGGUUCAUCAUUGCCGGCUCUGGCCCCAAGGCCAUUGACCUUGAGCAGAUGAUUGAGCAGAAUGUCUUACAAGACAGGGUAGAGAUGCUAGGGCCUAUCCGCCACGAAGAGGUGCGGGACGUCAUGGUUCGCGGCCACAUCUACCUACACCCCAGCUUGACUGAAGCCUUCGGAACCGUCAUUGUUGAAGCAGCCAGCUGCGGCUUGUAUGUCGUGUGCACCCAAGUCGGAGGCAUCCCCGAGGUGCUACCAUCACAUAUGACCGUGUUCGCAAAACCAGAGGAAGAAGACCUCGUUUUCGCGACCGGAAAGGCUAUUGCUGCUCUGAGGGCCAAUAAGGUGCGGACGGAGCGUUUCCACGAGCAAGUCCAAAAGAUGUAUUCUUGGACGAAUGUAGCCCUUCGAACAGAGCGAGUUUACCACGGUAUCUCUGGAGAGUUGAGCGAGGCCGAGUUCUACGGUGUUGACGCUGCCAACGGCGCCAGUCGAGUGCGUUCAUUCGCGCUCAUCGAUCGGUUGAAGCGGUACUACGGUUGUGGUAUCUGGGCUGGCAAACUCUUUUGCCUCGUCUGUAUCAUCGACUACCUCCUCUUUCUUCUUCUGGAGCUUUGGUUCCCGCGAGAUAAGAUCGACAUAUGUCCUGAGUGGCCGCGGAAAGUUGUCGACGAGACAGAAGACUCUAAGGAAGAUUGGCCUCAUCGGAACGACUGGUGA